AUGCUCUGCAUCUACCGGCGCCUGCGUGCUCUAAACGCUCACGCACUAUUAUCCGGUCAAUUACUCGACCGCGUACUCGCACUAGCUAGGCGCGCCCUCCACGCAGCGAGGGGAAUGGUCGCCUCCAACUGUCCGUGGCACCAGGUCGCCAACGUUCCCUUCCAGAUUGUCUGCACGCUGCUGGCCAUUGAUAACCGCGCAGCUCUCGAUCUUCUUCCCGAUGCGAUGCGCACCCUCCGCGAGGUUCUAGCUGCUUAUGACACACCGGUCAUGCGCGAGGCUUAUUCGACUGCUUAUCUGCUCAUCGCCAUGCAUCAGCGGCGCAAGGAAGACGAUACGCAUGCUCUAGCUGAGGUGUUGCGUGUUAAUGCUGCCGCUGCGGCUGCGCCUCCUACCGCAACCACUGGCAACACUACGGCAGACCAGGAUGUAUCCUGUGAACCGGCCGCGCAGCCUCAGCCUCAACUACUUCAGCAGCCACCUCAAAUAUCUGAGCCCAAUGGCCCGGUCUCUGAUGCAGAGCUCUCCUGGCUGGGCGAUCUGGUUAUCGAUAUGCCUAGUCUCCAGAAUUUCGAUCUGGAUCAGUUCCUCAUGACGGAUGUGCCUUGGCCACUGCCUGAGAUGGGCAUAUAA